AUGAGUCUCCUAUGGAGAAUACUACAAUUCCGAUUCAUCUAUAUUCCCCUCUUCUACCCCACAACUUGUAUAAAUCAUCACCUUCUUCCCAUCAAUACAUAUCACCAUGCAGUGCACCACUGCUUCAAUUGGAUCUAACCGCAACCAACCCAAUGUAUAUGCAGCAGCCAUGCCACCGGACCCCUUAGCUUGUUUAAAAUCUCACCCAAAACCCUUUGUACCCUUGAACAAGUUACUCAGAAAAAAACAAUCCCACCUCAUUUCCCCUAAUUAAACUAUUCCGUCUUCUUGCUCCAAUUGUUUAAUCCCGGCCACCACACAAGUCUCUUUCUUUCCGAUCCGCCGGUGUAUAUAUAUGUGCUUGUUCCAUCUCAAACCCAAACCUUAUAUUCCGCGUUGUUCUAGAUGCAUAUCCCAUUAUUAUAACUCUCUCUCUCUCUCAACUCUCUUCACUCCAACCCUAAAGUGACCCGAUUACCAUAUAAACAACUCCACUUCAUUUGACGACCCAAUAAUCCUGCUCACCUUUCUCCGCAAAGUGAAUCUUUGCUUCGUCAUCUACAUGAUCUCCUUCCUCUCUUUCUCACUAUAUAUACCAAACUGAGUGAAAUGCUCAGCACAGCUUACACAGAUACUAGUUACUCCAACUCUUUAACUCUCUAACUCUCUGAGUCAGAUCAUCAAACACAGCUGCUUAAUAAGCAGUUAAGCUUUUACAGCCUUUUCUUCAUCUGGGCAGUUGUGUUAUAGUACGUGUCAGAUUAGCUUCUGUGCUCGUGGCUUUUUCAACAAUGGCAGCUCUGACUUCCUCUGCAUCAAACCUAGAAACUCAUGAGAAUUCCGACGUAGUAAGGAGCAGAAGCGGCAGCAACAAAUCCGAGCCGUUGAUUCCCGGACUUCCAGACGAGGUAGCCGAGCUGUGUCUGCUCUACCUUCCCUAUCCAUACCAAGCUCUGGUGCGUUCGGUCUCUGCUUCGUGGAACAAAGCCAUUUCGGACCCGGCUUUCCUUCACUGCAAGAAGUCACUUUCGCUCCCACUCCCUUACCUUUUCGUUUUCGCGUUCAACAAAUUGACGGCCAAGAUUCAGUGGCAAGCGCUGGACCCUCGAUCAGGCCGUUGGUUUGUCCUACCUCCGAUGCCUGGGCAUUAUUCCAAGGCCGGCAGUCCACCGGGGUUAGCAUGCGCCUCCUUGCCACGUCAGGGGAUGCUAGUCGUGUUGGGCGGAUCCGACGCGGAAUGUUCUAUGCGGUCCACCCUCGUGUAUCGUACAUCUACCAAUCAGUGGUCCAGCGCGGCUCCAAUGCCGACCGCCCGAUCGCAUUUUGACGCAGGGAGCAUCAAUAAUAAUAUCAUAGCGGUUGGCGGCAGCGGAACUUGUGAGAAUGACUCGGUCAAGGGCGUCGACUGCUACGAUCCUGAAAGAGACACAUGGGCGAAAAUUGCAACAAUGCCAACCGGACUUGCCAAAUACGACUCCCAUGUGGUGGGGGAUAAAAUGUACGUCACCGAAGGGUGGACAUGGCCCUUUAACUUCUCGCCACGCGGCCUGGUUUACGAUUCGAAGACGGACGUGUGGCGAGAUAUGAGUUUCGGGAUGAGGGAAGGAUGGACAGGCAUCAGUGCGGUUGUGGACAACAAGUUAUUGGUGAUCUCAGAGUAUGGUGACUGUCCGAUGAAGGUGUACGACCACGAUAAAGACACAUGGAGGUACGUCGGCGGAGAUAAAUUCCCGUGCGAUGCACUUAGACGGCCUUUCGCAGUGAGCGCGGUGGAGGGUAGCAUAUACGUGGUGGCAUGUGGGCUGAAUGUGGGAAUAGGAAGGCUGUCAGAAUCGGAAGCACAAAAGGGUGAGCUACAAGUUGAGUGGCAGGUCCUGCCAGCUCCAACUGCAUUUAGGGGUUUUACUCCUUCUAGUUGUCAAGUGCUUUAUGCCUGAAUGUAUCGAAUAAUUGGAUUUCCAGUCAAUUAUGUUCCUGUUUUUGGCCUCGUUCGGCAUUUCUAUAUUCUUCUA